GUGUGUUUUGUGCGCAUGGAUGCAGUGAUAUGAGGUUGCAGGCUGGCACGGAUGAGAUCUCGGUGAAGGAUGAAUGCAGGAAUAAAGAGAGAGAGAGUGAGAGCGUGAGGGGGAUGCAGUGCACAAGGGCGGAGCUUAGCAUCAGGCAAUACCCCGUCUGUUUCUCUCUCUCUCUCCAUCUCUGAUCUCUGUGCGCUGACGCCGGUGAACACAUCUGUCCGUCUCUCUCUCCGCUGCUCUCCUGUCCUGCCUUCGCCAGCGCCUCCGUCUUUCUUCUGGAAUAUUCUGAGCCACAGGAAGCGCAGGGAAUUGUGUGUCUGAUCGGCGUGUGUGUGUGUGUGUGAGGUGGCGAAACACACGCUGGUCUCGGCCGAGGGAAGGAUGGUUUUGCCGGAUGGUUUUGCAGCGGUUCUCAUCCGAGUGCGUGUCUCCCGGGCAACCGCGCCAUGAGCCGGACCAACCACGUCUCCUGCUCAAUGCUCAACUGCUUCGGUGAGGAGGGGCCGCCCAGUCUGGAGUACAUUCAGGCCCGGGACCUGUUCCCCCAGAAAGAGCUGCUCAAAGAAGACGACGCUCUACAGGUCCCGUUCCCUGUCCUGCAGGGCGAGUGGGUCGAGUUCCUGGGCCGUGCGGACGACGAUAUCAUCGCCAUCUCCAACUACAGACUUCACAUCAAAUUCAAAGACUCCAUCAUCAACGUUCCUCUGAGACUGAUUGAGGGCGUUGAGAGCAGAGAUAUGUUUCAGCUGCACAUCAUCUGCAAAGACUCCAAAGUAGUGAGGUGUCAUUUCUCAACGUUCAAGCAGUGUGAGGAGUGGCUGAAGCGCUUGAACAGAGCCAUAGCACAUCCGGCCCGUCUGGAGGAGCUGUUUGCGCUGGCGUAUCACGCCUGGUGUUUAGGAGGAAACACGGACGAUGAAGAGCAGCACCUGCACCUGUGCAGACCAGGUGAUCACGUGCGGCACCGGUUGGAGGUGGAGGUGAAGCGGAUGGGAUUCGACAUGCAGAACGCCUGGAGAGUGUCUGAUAUCAACAGCAACUACAAGUUGUGUUCGAGUUACCCACAAAAACUGCUGGUGCCCGUCUGGAUCACAGAUAAGGAGCUGGAGAGCGUGGCCUCCUUCAGGUCCUGGAAGAGGAUUCCUGUGGUGGUGUACAGGCACCAGCGUAACGGGGCGGUCAUCGCCCGCUGCAGUCAGCCGGAGAUCAGCUGGUGGGGCUGGAGGAACACCGAGGACGAGUAUCUGGUGACGUCUAUAGCGAAGGCCUGCCAGCUGGACGCCGGGCCGCGGGCCUGCAGGACCAGAGGAGACGGACCGGACUCUUCUGACAGUGACUUCGACUCUUCUCUGACGGGUUGUCCCGCUCCUGAUGCCAGCAGCGCAGCGCAAAAAUUACUGAUUCUGGAUGCCCGCUCUUACACCGCCGCCGUGGCGAAUCGUGCUAAAGGAGGAGGCUGCGAGUGUGAAGAGUACUAUCCCAACUGUGAGGUGAUGUUCAUGGGCAUGGCCAAUAUCCACUCCAUCAGAAACAGCUUUCAGUCACUCAGAGCCGUUUGCAGUCAGAUCCCGGAUCCCGGCAACUGGCUCUCGGCUCUGGAAAGCACCCGUUGGCUGCAGCAUCUGUCUGUCAUGCUGAAGGCCGCGUCUCUGGUGUGCUCUGCGGUGGAGCGGGAGGGAAGGCCGGUGCUGGUGCACUGCUCAGACGGCUGGGACCGCACGCCGCAGAUCGUGGCCCUCGCAAAGAUCCUUCUGGAUCCCUUCUACAGGACCAUAGAGGGUUUUCAGGUGCUGGUGGAGACGGAGUGGCUGGAUUACGGUCAUAAGUUUGCGGACCGCUGCGGUCAUCAGGAGAGCGGUGAGGAUGUGAGUGAACAGUGUCCCGUGUUCCUGCAGUGGCUGGACUGUGUUCAUCAGCUCCUCAAGCAGUUCCCGUGCCUCUUCGAGUUCAACGAGGCCUUUCUGGUUUUGCAGCCGGUCUGUCACACGCGAGCGCUGCAGCUGUGGACGGCUGUGUAUCUGCCGUCGUCCUCGCCGUGCACCGCGGCUGAAGAUGCCAUGGAGAUCUACCUGAGCCCUUCGGCCGGAGGAGAGGAGUUCAGCUCGCGCUCCCUCGACAGGCUCCCCAAAACACGGUCGAUGGACAACUUGGUGUCUGCUUGUGAGAACGGCGUGACGCUCACCCGCACCUCGAGUGACCCCAACCUGAACAAGCACUGCCAGGAGGGACGUCCGGCGCUGGAGUCCAACCAACCCGCGGCCAUCCAGAGCCACGGUUCGUCCGAGGACCCACCAAUCGCCGGAUCGGUCAGCGCUGAGCCGACGUGUGAGGAAACUCAUGAGGACGAUUUGAGGGCGGAGCCUUGUUUGACAACCCAGCCUCUGCCGUUUUUGCCCCACCCCUUAGCGUUAGAUCAAGCCCCGCCCCUUCCGGUUAUAAACCAAGCUCCGCCUCAAAUUCCAAAUAGUUUAGUCAGGACUGCAGAAAACACAAAUCCGCCUCCUCUUUGUAACGGCUUUGCACACGUAGAAAACGCUAGCGGAUCUGUGAACUCUGAAGAGAUUGCGCCAUUGGAGGCGUCAGUGGAGACGCUAACGGAGCAAAGCGAGAUCCCUCCUUCUGGGAAAGCCACCGCAGUCGAAUCACACCUUCCUUUCGAAGCGCCGCUACGAAACGGCGAACUGGUUCCCGCGAGAGAACGGCCGCCACCCGCCGAUUACGCCAAAGCAGCGCGCCGUUUGAUUUCCCAAAGCCAGCUGACGGAGCUAUCACUACUAGGUUCCCAAUGGGACAGCGUCCAAGGCCUGGUCCAGUCGGCCUGCGGCGGCGCCAUCCAACAUGGCAGCUAUCACGGCCGCCGACUGGCGAACAAGCUCCUCCGCGGCCGAGGCGGCAGCGCUAACGGCGGGCCGUGUUGUCGUCGAGACCCUCUGCGCGCUCCUGGAAGUCCCAUCCAAUCGGGUUGGUUCUCUGCGGUGAAGAACUCAAGCUACGCCGCGCUUUGUUCCUCGGCGGCGUCUUCGCUAGCAAUGGGACCGUCCUUCCGGCAGCUGCUCCCGUCGCAUUCCUCGCCGUCCUCCAGCGGCUCUCCGGCUCCGGCGCACCUGGACGACGACGGCCUGCCGGUGGCGGUGGACGCGGUGCAGCAGCGGCUGCGGCAGAUCGAGGCCAGCUACAAGCAGGAGGUGGAGGUGUUGAGGCGGCAGGUUCGACAGCUUCAGCUCAAACUGGAGAGUAAACGGUUCUGCUCGCCGCCCUCCGAACCCGACGUCGACUACGAGGACGAUAUCACGUGUCUGCGUGAGUCGGACGGCAGUGACGAGGAAGACUCUCUGUCCAAUCACAGCGAGGAUGGCUUCAGCGAGGGCAGCUGGGACCGUGUGGAGAGGAAGGACACAGAGGUCACCAGAUGGGUGCCGGAUCACAUGGCUUCUCACUGCUUCAACUGCGACUGCGAGUUCUGGAUUGCCAAGCGGCGGCAUCACUGCAGGAACUGUGGGAACGUGUUUUGUAAGGACUGCUGCCACCUGAAGCUUCCCAUCCCAGACCAGCAGCUGUACGACUCGGUUCUGGUGUGCAACACCUGCUUCGACCUGCUGCUGGAGUCCCGCACGCGAGAGCUGCGCUCGCAACAGCUGAAGAAAGCCAUCGCCACCGCCUCCAGCUGAGACGGCCAAUCACAGCGCGCCACACACGCCGGCGUCCAAUCAGAUGCUCUCUGCCUCCUUCCCCCCCGGCAACCGCGAGGCCAGGGCGAUUUAGAGUCCAGCUCUGAGACCGAUCUACACGCGGAACGAGAUGGAGGAGAUCCAACAAACGAGCGCGGUUUGCGAUGGAGGGUCGUUUUUAUCUCUGCAAGUGAACUCCAAGCUUCUCUGGUUGAGGCCAGAACUGAACCCAAAGGGUCCUUGGGUUCAAAAAGCCCCCAAAGAGAGGCGUUUCUUCAUCUCAGAUGCACCACACACAGCGGACAAUCACCUCGGCAUCUAUCGAGAGGCUCACUAUUUAAAACCAACCAAGCUGCUACAGUAUUUAAAAACUUCUCUAUCCUUCUUAUUUUGUGCACUACAGAGGGGGUUCCAGACCAAAACGGAGAGAUCUGCAGCUGUUUUCUCGCUGUGAAGCUUGAAUGUACAAUUGUUUGGGUUAUUCUUAUUUUUGGGGAACUGGAGGGAUUCGUUUACUGAAUUAAAGCCGCCGGUUUGCAUUGAUUUGAUCGCAGUUUUGAGCACAGAGCGCGACCUAUUUCGUCUUUCAGCCGCUCCCGUCAAAACCAAGCUUUAGCUGAACUGCGAAAUGCUUUCACUCUCGUUUGAUGUGAAAUACACGACUUUAAAUGCCAAAAUCAACCUCGAAUUCCAACAUAUCAAUAAUAUAUCAACAAAAUCACUGCUCAAUUCAUGUUUAAUCUGGCUGGUUGUGUGUUUGUUGCAGGAAACGCAAGAAAAAAAACAGCAAGCUGAACAUUUCUGCUGUAUGUUGUUGUGUAAGUUAUGGUAAAACUAGCUGCUCCGUCUACGUUAGCGUGUUUCUAUCACUUCAUCUGAACAAACCAGUGAUGAUCAUUAAUAUUUUGAAUCAUUGGAAACUGGUGGCGAUUGAAAGGACUUUUGUAUUGGAGGGCUCAUGAUCUCAAUAGCAUUACACGUGCUAGGAUUUCUUUCUCGUGUCGUCUGCGUCUUCGGCUCUACAUUGAUUGUGUUUUGUUAACGGGGAACCUCUCAACAGUGCCACGUGUUUGAUUUUCUCAUGGAUUCACUGAUUUGUAACUUUAACAUGUUCAGUGGUACAAUAGCUAGAGGCUUAACAACGAGAAGAUGAUUGGUUGUGAAUCGAUGAGGUUAAAAACACUGAGAACCCGUUUGAUUUUCUUCUCCGUGGUGCUGAUGAAGGACACUUUUUUGAGUUAAAUGCAUUAAAAAAGGAACCCAGAAAUGUGAUGUAUAGUUAUUUGGUCUGUAAUAGUGGCUAAAAUGUGUCACUUAGUGAAUAAUUGUUGUAAAGAAAUGCACUGUACAAGUUCAAUCCCAUGGGUUAAAUAAAAAGAUACGUCUUUAUCA